AUGAAUCAAAAUGAUUUUUUUAAAGCCACGCAAUUGAACAAAAGGGUCAGAAGUGCACACAAGUCAGAUCAGAGGCCUGAGCCUGCAGGUGCUCCCAACUUGACAGGUCUGAGAAAGAAGAAAGCUUCUGCAAAUGACGCAAAGAAACGGCGUACCGCGAGACCCGAGGAAAACCAGCAGAGUGUGACAUUGCAAAAAUCAAGCAAGCGUUUCCAAAAGGAGCGAUUGGUUGGGUCAAACGCUGCUGAAAGGCAGAGAUGGCAUUCCAAGAGACUUAAAAACAUACGGAGGUCAGGCGUGCUGGCGGGGGAGGGGGGCACUCGCCCCUCAUCAGACCCUGGGGCUCCGAGAGCAGCGGCGGCCAGCGGCUUGAAGGCUCCGAGUGGACCAGAAGGCAGCUGCAACGAUGCCCGAUUACCCGGGCUAGGUGAAGACGCAGCCGCCGUCCACGCUCCCCGAGCCUGCCAGCCCCGCAAGCCCGCCGUGUUCCAGGGCACCACGCGACCCAUUUCCUUCAAGCCACACUUGGCGAGGACCACUUCGGCACUGCAAGCGGGGAUUGACCUACCGCACCACUGCGCCGCCCUGGUCUGUCUCCGGUUUAACAGCGGCAGCCACUCGCCCACGGCCAUCCGUGGUGCCCCUUCCACGCCCAGCGGCGUCAGCAAUGGCCCGGCCUCGCUGUCCCCGCAGCAGCUGCCCCCGACCCGCGGGGCAUGGCAGCUCUGCAAGCUCAGGUGCUUCCUCGCCACGCUGCAGCAGCUCCACAGCGACAUCUCCCCGGAGAUGCGGGAACCAGUGCGCACGCUGGUGCCGGGCUUGGUGAACUCCACGCCGACCACGGAGGGGUUCCACGCCAAGCUCCAGGAGGCCACCAACUUCCUGCUGUGGCCCAUUGUCCCGCCCUUCCUGUCCCUGCGGCCGCGUGAGCUCCUGUGCUGUGCCUGCCUGGCCAAGCACCCUGCCCAACACCUGGCCCAGCACGAGCACCUCCUAUUGGACACCAGUGCAGUGUCGGAGCUCCUGAGCGAAGUCAAGGAGAACGGCAAGAGGACACCUAUCAGGACCAAAGAAAAUGGGUCAGACCAUGACCCACUGUACCCUGACCACUUCAGCAAGCGGCCGUACACCCUGAUCCCAGCCCAGCGCUACAGCCCCAGCAACGGGCCACUCCAUCCACCCUCCCACCCCGACUACCGCCUGGAGGACAUGGACGUGUCGCACCGCUGCCGCCACACCUACCGCCACACCGACCCCCGGGAACUGCGGGAGCGCCAUUGGCCAUCGGCAGUGCCCGUGGCACGGCAGGAAGAUGUGAUGGACCACAGGCUCGCGGAGCGCGGGUGGGCGGAGCAGAAGCACCUCAGCAGCCUGCUGAACUGCAUCAUGGACAUGGUGGAGAAUCGGCGGCUGCUCACGGUGCUGUGCCGGUGCCAGAAGCCCAACCGGGAGGAGCUGCACCUCUGGAUAUGGCGCUGGACCAUGAGCCCGGCGGCCACCACCACCCAACCACCCGGUAGCUCCGCCCAUCCCGAGGGGUCUCAGCUAGAUGUCCACCACGAGUUCACGCCCAGGGACCUCUUGGGUUACACGCCUGAGGACAUCUGGACUAGGACUGAGGAGGCUACCUUGUCUCCGCCCCCUACGCCUCCGCCUGUGCCCAUCAUCGCCCGGCCCCGCGUCUAG